UCGUGAUACACAUCAGAUUUUGCAAGAUUCAAAAUGCCAAGGGAAAGUGCAAUCUUUAAAUUCCGCAACGAUUCGCGCCAAGAUCGAUAAGAAUGAAUACAAUACUCUGAAAGAGUUUCAACUUGAUUUUAUUCGUGCUUGUAGCAACUCCAUAUCUGUCGAUCAGAAAAAGUACAAUUUUGGAAAAGAAUUCAUUCGACUGGGUUCACGCCUGAUAGAACAAGCUACGAAAGAAAUGACAAAUAGUAAACAAAAUGCAGAUAUAGCAAAUAUAAAUCACGAAACUCUGAUAAAUAAAAAUGAAUGCAAGCCACAAAAAAAAGCUCUUGUUCAAUCAACGACGAAUGGGCAUUUGUUUUCAAGUGGUUCGCUAAAGCAACUCCCAUUAGAAAACCAAAAUUUCAAACUAGUCGGUGAUAUUAAGGAGGUAGCAAUCGUCCCGCUACAUUCAAUGAAUGAACACGAUAUUCCAAGUCUAGGAUCGAUUCUUCCAAGCACGAUUAAAAAGCAAGAAAAUAUACAAUCAAAAGAACCCGGUGUUCCUGGAGGUAGU